AUGAGUAACAUUUAUAUUCAAGAACCUCCAACUAAUGGAAAGGUGUUAUUAAAGACAACUGUUGGUGAUAUUGAUGUAGAACUUUGGUCUAAAGAAGCACCUUUAGCAUGCAGAAAUUUUGUUCAACUAUGCAUGGAAGCAUACUAUGAUGAUACUAUCUUCCAUCGAGUUGUAAAAGGAUUCAUUGUUCAAGGUGGAGAUCCAACAGGAACUGGUACUGGUGGUGAGUCCAUUUAUGGGGAACCUUUUAAAGAUGAGAUCCAUUCAAGGCUUAGGUUUAACAGAAGAGGUUUGGUUGCAAUGGCCAAUGCUGGAAAAAAUGACAAUGGAUCACAGUUUUUCUUUACACUGGGCGAUACACCUGAACUCCAAAAGAAACAUACAAUAUUUGGAAAAGUGGCUGGUAAAACAAUAUACAAUAUGAUAAAAUUAGAAGAUGGAGAAAUAGAUAGUGAUGACAGACCUGCUUAUCCUAAUAAAAUUAUCGGCACUGAAAUUUUAAACAAUCCAUUUCCAGAUAUCAUCCCUAGAGAAACAAAGCAAAAGAAAAAAUCUGAAAACGAUGGAGGUAAGAAGGUUAUAAAGGCUAAAGCUGUCAAAGAUUUUAAAUUAUUAUCUUUUGGAGAAGAAGCAGAAGAUGAUGAAGAAGAAAUUCAUAAUAUUAAUAAAAAUUUUGUUGGCAAAACCAAACAUGUACCUGGUUUAGAAGUUUCAGAAGAUUUAGUGCCUGAAACUCUUAAACGUAAGCAUAGUGAUAGUGAAUCAGACAAUGAUGAUUCUUCUAUAAAGCAGGCUAAAACUAAGGAAGACCAUGACAGUCAAAAUGACACCAUUGAAAUUGCUUCAAUCGCCGAAAACAUUCGUAAAAAAUUAAACCCAUCUGGUAAAUUGAUACCUGAAGAUAAAGAAAGCACUUCUAAAUUAUCUUGGGAUGAAAAGGAUAAAUCACCACCACCAAAAAUAAAAGAUAAUUUUAUGAUUGAGGAAUACAAUAAAGAAAAAGAUAAAUACAGUGAAAUGAAAACGAAAUUGCCUAAAAAAGGUGCUUCCAGAGAAAAGCAAACACUUGAAAUGCUUAUGAAAUUCAGGCAAAAAAUAAACAAACUGCAGGUGAAUAAUGAAGACAGUGAGGCUGGUGACAAAAGUAGCGAUAAAGAAACCGAUGAUAAAGAUUGGCUAACACAUUCUUUGAAAUGUGAAGACAAGGUAACAUUGGCCAAAGAUGCUAAUGUCAAAAGUGAUGAUUGGUUUGAAAUUACUGAUCCGCGUAACGCUUUAAACAAGAGACGUAGAGAAAAUUCAAAAUUCUCAAAAGUAAGAAUCAAAGAAGAAUUAAAAUAA